AUGCCGUUGAAGCUUGGAUCCAGGCCGUCUGUGACGCCCGCCCGGCUGACCUCGAACCCUUCUUGCCAGCUUCCAUGUCCUCGCAAGCGUCAACCGCGUACGUCGGCUAGCCCCGCCCUCCCUCCCACUACUGCUACUGCUGCCGAGACCGCCCCUGUUGCCGCCGCUAACCCCGAUCCCGGCGUCUUCGGCGCUGCACCCACCGGUGGUGUCCAUCUAUCCACCUUUACCGGGGCACAUGGCUUCGGAGGCAUCGGCGGUCUCUCCGGACCGCGGAAGCAAGCCGCCCAAGCUAGCCAGAGAGCCCAGAGGUCACAGAGUGCACUGCUGGCGGCCUCAGGCAGCCCUCAGACCUCCUCACCCUUGUCGCGAUCGUCUCCUCCAGCGAACCAGCCCGCAAGUAAUACCUCUUCUGCACGGCCAGAGCCCGUCGUGAAGCGCAACAAAGCGGACUUGCUGACUCUAAAGAAUACAUUUGUGAGUCAACAGUGCUGGCACACCGCUCACAGCGCACAGGUCGCUGUCCUGCCUUCGAAGUUCUGGAUUGCGCCUAUCAGUCGCUACCUUGGCAGCCACACUCGCGUCGAUCUCUUACAUCAGGCGUGCGAUGAGGCCGGGCUCACUGUAGUCCCAUCCAUCUACAGCUCCUUCACUCCGCAGGAGGUCUUUGACCACCUGUCACCCGGGGCCCGCCGCGUUAUCGACCAGGCCGUGAUUGACGGGACGCAUGGGUCAUGCUGCCAGUAUGGCUUCAGUUGGUAUUGCAACACCCUUGAUUUCUCGACCGUCAACUGGCGUAGUGGCUUGGAGGAAGCGUCUGGCGCUGCCGUCUGCAUGAUCAACGUCCGCGGCAUUCCCUUCCUUGUCGCCGAGCAUGAGACCGGCUGCUCACGGUAUUUUCCGGCAGCACUUUUGCAAAGGUUCCUCGAGAAGGUGUACAGCAACGGAUAUCGCGACGAGUCUUUGCGGGAAGCUCACGACCACAGAGUAGGUGACGCCGGUGACAGUGACGACGGAGUAGAGGACGGGCAGCCUCGUUCUCAAUUCAUCUCCACGGAUGCAGGCUUCCCUCUUGGAUACGCGUGGUCUGAUGAAUGCCUUGGAACGCUCCGUCGACUGGAGUCAAUCAUAGCAGCUCCCUACUUCAAGGAUGACGCCGUUCAGCGCGAGAGGCGAAAGAAGGAGGAAGAAGAGAGACAGGCUCGACUGAAGGCAGCGGAGGAGGAGAGGGAGGCCAGGCGGCUGGCAGCUGAAGAAGCGAGAAGGGCCAGAGCCCCCAAGAAGGACGGCAGAGGACGCAAGAAGGGCCGUCGAUCGUCCCCGAUCGUUGUGGACAUUGCGGCAGACGAGGACAUCACUGGGGACGGUGUGGCAGAGCACCGAGCGUCCUCCAGGAGGAAGACUCGGCCCUCCGUGCAGCGAGUUGCCUCUGUUUCUCCUCCGAGGCGGCGAUCCGGUGGUCCCCGCAGCACUCGCAACUCUCUCCGGGCGGGAGUGCAGCAAACAGACGACCCUGACCGCAUUGGUCCGGUGCCGAGAACCCUGGUCGUCGGUAGAGACUGGAUCGCGCUCUCUGAGGCACCUGCAGAGCAGCCUCAUGGCCCCUCGUCUGUAGACACCGCAGAGCCGCCAGCCUCCCCAGAGGCCGCACUCAGCUCGGUAGAGUCCGAGGAAGGUGCGGGUACCCCUGCUGCCUCGCAGCCUGCUGAAGACAGCCCUUCUGCAGUGAUUACUGUCGAGGAUACCUGUCUCGCCGGCGCCAUGUCGCCUAAACUCUUCCCCGUAGCUUCUUAA